CCCCUCCAGCCCCGAGCCAGGAGCAGCUCUCAAUACCGGGUGAGGCACGGAGCACUUGAGCUAUUUCAGCCACAUGAAAAGCAUCGGAACGGAGAUCGCAGCUCAGAGGACACCGGGCGUCCCUUCCACUCACUGAGGAGCCUUGUAUUCUUGCACCUGGCUGCCUGGAACUUUCCUCAGGCAGGAAACAAGUACAUAAACCAGGGAUAAGACCUUGUCGAUAUGUCGAAACAGCCAGUUUCCAAUGUCAGAGCCAUCCAGGCAAAUAUCAAUAUCCCAAUGGGAGCCUUUCGGCCAGGAGCUGGGCAACCCCCCAGAAGAAAAGAAUGUACUCCGGAAACGGAGGAGGGUGCUCCUCCCACUUUGGAUGAGGAGAAGAAGCCAAUUCCAGGAGCUAAGAAACUUCCAGGACCUGCGGUCAACCUAUCAGAGAUCCAGAAUAUUAAAAGUGAACUGAAGUAUGUCCCCAAAGCUGAACAGUAGUUGGAAGAAAAAAGCAGUAAAAGAACUCAGUGAUAACAAAGAAUUAGAGAGGAAAAAAAUAAGUAUCAAAGUAGCAGCAAUGCAGCAGUUAUGAGAAGAAUGAUUAACAAAGAUAAACCCUAAGAAGAAUUCUACAAUUACGUUAAUGAACACAAAGAUAGCAGCAAUUGAAAGCCCUGAGAGUGAUGAAGUACUAGAAAGAAAUUGUCCUUCUGAAGUGGCAGGAAUUACUCCUCUCUGUGUUGGACAUUGCAGCAUGGCCAUGUGUUGUGCGACAGCCAGACUUGAUGAUUAUGUACUAAACCAGGGUUUUAGAAAAAUGCAAAAUUGUGGUGAUUCUUAAUAACUCACUUAGUAGCUUUUGGCCAUGUAUAUAACUGAAAGUCUAUGGAAUGAAUCUCCAUUUUGUUGUAAGAACUGAGGAAAGCACCUGUAUUUUGGAAUCAGGAAGUCUUUUGAAGUCACCCAGCGGGCAUUGGACCAUACUUUGAGAAAGACUGCUAUAGUGCAAUAAGUGAGAGUGAAUUGGAAUGAUCUGUAACUCCUGUACACCCAUACGCUGCCCCAUGGUCUCAAGUUAGUCUCUAUCCCAUACCCCACAUUGGCCAACCAGCCUUGAUUCUAGAUUUUGUAGUUUGGAAAAGAACCACCAUAAUGCCCUGUUGAGGGAGGCAUGCCUUCUCCAUCCAGCACUUUGCUCCAACUCUGGCAUCUUCUGUUUAUGCUGUCACAAUCCUUACCAAAGUGAUGUAUUCAUUUGCUUUUAAAAUCUUCUUCAUGAUGCCAGCAUAUAGCUUCUUAAAGGCUAGGGCACAUCUGAGACAUCUUGAGCACACAUACCUUAUUACUGGUGCCCUGACCACAGCAAGCCUGGUGUCCCCUAGAAAUGUGUUCUUGUAGACUUUCCAAGUCCUUGCAUUCUCAGAGAGAUUACUCCUUAAAAGCAAGACUAGCUUUUCUGUCAAGGACUGAAGGUAACAUUGUUGACUGUGAUCAGUAAAGGGCUCAGAAAUUUGACUUUAAUUCAUUGAUUAUAACUUUAUUCCUCUGGGAAACUGAAUAAUUAGGGAAAAUGUCAAGGUUGGCUCAUUUUCCUCAAAAGUGGAGAAAAAUAUGUAAAUCCAGAAGAAAAUCAUUUAAUUUUCAAGAAUUCCUUUGGAUUUCUUUUUCAAAGAACGUCUACGUCCAGAUAAGACAUAUUUACCAACCAGUCAUCAAGAAAGAUGCCAUCUCUGAUCGAGGAGAACAUAAGGUGUUCAUUACUCUUAAAUGUUAAGCAUUACGCAUCAUGAUUGUUCUUGCUGAUUCAAAGGCUAAUUUUGACAGUGUUAGCAGAAGGGCAAAUUGAUGUACUCAGACUCUUGAUGAAGUGUGUUUAGCACCUAACAACAGACUCCCAAAAUACAUGAAACAAAAACUAACAGAAUUGGAGGGAGAAAUAGACAAUUGAACAAUAAUAGUAGGCA